UGAAUGCAUAGGCAGUCAGCUGAAUAAGAAAAAAAAAUGAAAAUGUGUUUAUGCCCUUUGUUUUGACAGGAAAGUGCGUUUAAGCCAAAACAAACAUGUGAUAGUAACUACUACGUACUAGAUAUCAGAAAAAUUGAACAUGAACCUGCAAACAUUAUUCCAGGACUUUAAUCCAAGCAAGUUCCUUGUUCACGUGUGUUUAAUGGUUUUUACCGCUUUAUUUGCCCUGCGACUUGAUGGGACAAUUAUCUGGAGUUACUGGACAGUGUUUAUACCAAUAUGGUUUUGGAAAUUUAUGGUUAUCUCAGGGGCAACUGUCGGCAGCUAUGUAUGGUGGAGGUACCCACACUUUAGGUUGGAGGGCGAAGCAUAUGUGCACUACAAAGCAAUGCUAAUAAGCUUAGCACUCCACUUGAUUCUUCUAAUGUUUGAACUGCUAGUCUGUGACAAACUGGAGUCUGACAGACAUUUGUGGAUACUUGUUUUCAUACCUCUCAUAUUUAUUUCAAUCGUUUCAAUCGCUGUCUGCAUCUGGGCUGUGAAACAUGACCGCUCGUUUGAGCUUGAACUUUUCUGUUCUGUCAAUAUACUACAGUUCAUAUUCCUGGCUCUAAAAUUAGAUGGAUUUAUAUCAUGGAGCUGGGAAGUUGUUUUCGUGCCACUCUGGAUUUUAAUGUGUCUGUCAUUAGUUGGAGUGUUGUAUACAAUAAUUUUUGCAGGAAUUUUGCUUAGGGCCCCUGAAGUAAAUCCCCAACAAAGGAGAACAUCUUUUAAUUCAGCCUUAGGAUAUACAUUUCUGGUCAUACCAAUACUCAUUUUUCAGGUGCUGCUUGCAAACAAGUUAGAUGGGGCAAUAACACUAAGUUAUGUAGGUGUUGUUUCACCCCUGUUCCUUUCAUACUGUACACUAAUUUUAAUGUCGUUUGGUGCAAAAGGAGGCAACAGAUGGUGGUUUGGAAUUCGAAAAGACUUCUGUCACUUCCUGCUGAGCUUGUGUCCUUUCCUGCAGGAGUACGCUAACAUAGCGUACAGCAUACAGAGUGAUGAUGGUUCUCGCCGAGCUAAUGCUGGUACUAGCAGUUCCAGUGAGACCUCAGUUGCUGACAUGAAAACUGAGAAGAGGGUGAAAAAACCUGAGUUACUAAAACCAGUUGUGCCCGUUGUGUCGAUAGACAUGCCAGACUAGCCAAAAAGGAGGCUGGUGACUCAGCACCUCGUCAUUGUUGACUGAUGUCUUUACCUGUUUAAAAAAACCGGUAGAGUGACUGAUCUGUUUUCUACAUUUAGGGAUUAUUUAUUCAGCUGUGAGUGAUAUGUAUUUUAAAAGUGUUAGUGCAGUGAGGUGCUAUAUAUUAAUUUUAUUUUAUACACUGAUAUCUUCCAUUUAGACUGGUAGGUAAAUAGUGCCCGAAAUGCUUCCACAAUGGAUUUCUGUGCUGAACAAUUACUAUUGACGUUUGAAUAUCAGGAAUAUUUUUGCAAAGAUGAAAAUUUUAGGCAGAAAUGUGUAAUUUUUUACCCAUAUGUAAGUUUUAAAACUUUAAUUUGCAUACUUCUCAGGUGCACAUAUGAUGAUAACUAUAUUUAAACUAAUGCCAAAAAAAGGUUAGCUGAAAUAGCUUCAGUGUUACUAGAAUUUCAGCUGAGAGCACAUCCCUGUUUUCAUACAACUUAGUUUUUCCAAGGGAGUGAGUCAGUAGCAUUAAAAUCAUUUUAAAGUGAUUGAGUUGGAAAGCAUCAAAUAUGCUUCCUGAUGUAAAUAUACAUUGGCAGAAAAAUAGUUAGGAUUUAUAAGUUAAUAAUGUGAAUAGAAAGCAAAAUGACUGAAUCAGUGUUGACACUGGAUUAUAAUUAAGAAAGGAGACAGGCAGUGAGUUGGUGAGAUAGAUAAAUGCACAUUGGCUAAAAGUAAUUCAAGUGGCUACAUGAAACAAAUCUUGCAAAUUUCUUACAUCAUGUGAGUAAGCCUUGGUAUUAAACACCCCAGUCAUAUUUAACACAUGUCAGAGAAUGUCAAUUAUGCUUCAUUUUCAAAUAAACCUGCAUUAAACAACAUUACACAAAAGAAAAGAAAUCUCACAAGACUGUUAUUUGUAGCUGCAUCAUUUAAAAUUUGAUAUCUGAUGAGGUAGGCUAUAGAGGAUUUAUAUCUUAUUUCCCUCUCUUACUGCUGUGCAGCCCUUGAGAAGGAAAAUGGAAAUUCACUGUUGUCUUUUGCUCUUCAUUACCACCAACUGAUUACAGCCUUCUUGAUCAUUCAGUAAGAAUGGUUCUCAGGUAACACUGAUUUCAUACUUCUGCAAAUUUUCAUAAGUCCUGCAAGCCUGUUUUUCCGUGUGCAGUACCAUAAUGACUUUUGAGUUUGGCUAGCAUUAGCAUGAUCUUUUGUGUCAUGUUGUUGAAACGGGUCGACUGGAGUGUCAUUGGCAAAAGAACUUUAAAAAAGCUCUUGGCUUAAUAUAUUGCUUCUCAAAGAAGUUUGCUGAGGGUUUGUGAUGAGGCUAGUUUAAAUACAUCUCAGUCACCAUUGCAGUCAUUUAACUGGUUCACAACAAAAUUAAACAAUAACUCACUAGAGGAAUAAUGUAACAUGGCUAUGGACUACUAACUAACAUACAUUUUACCUUACCUCACUACUUUGACGGCCUCGGAUUGGCAUAUGUUGGGACUGUUUAUGACUUGAGUGACACCUCCAUCAGAAAAAAAUAACUCCUUAGCAGAUGCAGUGCAUUAUUGUGCUGUGCAUAGUUUACCUACAUGAGUGACACAAGAUAAGACAGGGCAUCAUCAUUCAUUGCAUAGAUUAAUAGAGAUUAUUAAGCUUCAGUGUAAAAUCCAGUAACAGGUAAUUAAUGUAAGAAGGAAAAAUUUAACAAUUGCUAAAUGUGAUGAUCAAAAAGUUUUUAGCUAGUUAGUAAGAUGUGUGUUGUAGAAGCAGGAAGCGCAUAUCUUGCAAGGAGAGGCCCCCAGCAGUGGGAUCGAGUUUUUGAAGUCAUCUAUACAGUUAUGUAGGUUAAGAUCCCAGGUACCACACCCUGCAGCCAUUCAUGCUGGUAGGCAGUUGUUUGUGAGCAAUUGACAAAAAAGAAAAUUGGAGUUUUCUGUUAUGCUCACUAUUGUUAGAAAAGUCUUAUUAUGUACACUAGCUGCAUGGUGUUGUGGAGAGAAUAAUAGCUUUGUGCGUAGGAGGUUGAGAGUUCGAAUCUUGUCAGGUGCAGUAGAUGUAAUUUUUUUAUUUCUGUUCCUGUGUGACAUCAUUUUAAUCACUGUAUGAACUUUUUCAAUUGUUUCAUUUUUUCUUUAUAUAAUUAUUUUUACAAUCACAAUUUUUGUGAAUAUGAAUUCAAUUACAUUAAUCUGUUAUAAUAUUCAGUAAUUUGAAAAUUUCAAUCCAUCAGUAAAAAAACGUAGGACAAUAUAAUAUACUUAUGUUUACUGUACAAUGAUGUGAAAAUUUAUUUUUCAUUACACCAGAUGUGCAAUUUUUUCUGCAUGGUAAUAGCCAUACAGACAUUUAAUACAUAACCUAAAUACCUACUGCACUAUGGACAAAAUAAUGCAAAUGAAUAUUUAAAUGAAAGAAUGGUUUAUAAGUAAAACAAAGUUCAAGCAAAAUGAGAAAUAGAUAUAAUGAGUGCAAUAAUGUGAACAAAAAAAGGCGACAAGACAAAAGAAAUGAAUCAUAAUUAAUACAUAAAAUUAAUUAAAAACACACAAAAACGAAGAUUUCAAGUGGAAAAAGAAUUAUGGGAAGAAAAAUGAGAGCAAAUGAAGAAGUUGAUAUUACGAAUAAAUCUAUGUGAGAAAGGAAUGGAAAUAAAAAUUAUAUUUAAAUCAAUCAAUUGAAUAAAAAUGUUGAUCCAAGUCAUUUUGAUAAAGAUUUAAAAAUAAAAUAAAUUACUGUACUUGGCAAGAUUGGAACCUACUGCCACCUGCAUGUGAAGCUAUUAGCCUAUCCCUUACACAACACAACCACACUACAUGAUGCAACUUUUUAACGCUAUUGAAUUUCAUGCAACAGUCUGAAUUUUUUUCGUCAGUUACUCACAAACGAGGGUCUGCCAGGGUGACUGGCUGCUGUGUGUGAUACCUGGAAUCAUAACCUAUAUAACCAUCUAGAUGGUUUCAAAAAGUAGAUCGCAUCACUGGGGACCUCUCGUUGUUAGAUGCUACAUCCUCACAGCUUAUGUCAUUGCGCAGAAGUGUAUUGUCUUCCAAACCUUCAGCACUGACAAGCUGUCUCGUAUGCAAGCACAUGUGCACACUUCACAAUGACAGCAAUAUGCAUAAACAUGCACAAGACAUGUGUUUUAAUAUGUACCUCCAACAAAAGUAAGUUUAUUAUGUUCCCAUUCCUGCCUCCUUACCCCAGCACUUUUCAGAGAUACGUGGAGAAAUAUUUUUGUUGCAGUAAUUCAUUGGCUUUUGUCCUGACAGUGCUAUCCGUAGGAUGAAUUAUAAAAAAACUUUGUGCCAACAGAAUAUUUCCAUGUUUUAAUCAUUCUACAAAAACAGUGAAAUGUUACAUUUGUAUUCAUCACUUUCCAAUUACGUUCAUUGCCUCUUUUCACAGUAAACUUUUUUUUGGGGGGGUGCCAUAUUUUAUUAUUUGAUUAGAGUUUAUGCACAGCACUUGCUUCCACGAAUCUUUUCUCCUGUAAUUUGUUACUGAGGCUUCUUUACCAAGAAAUGUAAAAACAUUGGGAACAAUUGAGAAUCCACCAGUGGACAGUCUCUCCAGCACUACAUUAAUGGUAGGUGUCCCCAAGAACUUUUUCCUGUAAGGAUUCAUAUUCCCAUUCUGUGCUUUGAUCCGAUUAUUGUGAAGUUCAUUUAGGGGUUGAGGUAGAAUUCAAAAUCAGUAUUACUGUUGUCCAUUCUGUCUGCUCUGUUGUCAUGAAUUCAAGACAGGUGCACAAAAAUACUAGUUGGUGGAGACAUCAGAAUGGUGCAUUUAGAGUACUAUCAACAGAUCUCAUUUCCAUACCAGUAUAGAUUUUAUCAGAAAUCAGCUGAGUAAAAGUUGUUUUUCAGUAGGGAGGUAGGAGCACCUUGAAACAAAAAUUUAUUAAUUUUUAUUAUUUUUUUAUUAUAAACUAUUUAAAUUUGUAAAUGGUAGUGAGAAACUACAUACUUUUAUUCAUAGAAAUCACAAAUAAUAUGUCCAGUUACACUAUUAGAAUGGUUACAAUAAAGUAUAGAGAAAAGGUUGUCACAUGUUUCAAUUUACCCCACCAUCAGGGCAUGUUGCAACAUACCAAAAUUUUACUGAAAAGAGUUUGAAAUAUCUGACAUGACAGAAGUGUCUUAAUUAUAUUCGUAGUCUGCACACAUGUAGAAUGGAUCAUUAUUCACACCAAUGAGCCCAUAAUUUGCACUUAGUACACUGUAUCCAUUCCUCUCCCUUUCUAUAAACACCACCACAGAUCAAACAAUAAUUUUCUUCUUCUUCUUUGGAAGAUGGACAAAACUGCAAUUUUCUUUUGCUGCUAGUUGUUACUUCCUUCUCUCCUCCCUUUCUAUUUCUAGAGCCUUUUUUUCCCCCCAGUUGUGUCUGUUAAUAUAGCACACUUCCUCUUCUUUCUUCCAUAGUUGUUCUCUUUCCUUAGUCCAGCUUUAGGGAAGGCAUGAAUGUGUUCAGGAGAAAAACGUUUCUCUGCUGAAGUAUGUGGAACAGAAUUAUAGCAUUUGCCACAUUCUCGGAUUUAGCCAGAGGAUCUGAAAGCUUUUCUUCUGGAACUGUCUUGUCAUUCACAAAAGAUGCAGGAAAGUCACUUUCUUGGAAUUUGUCUGUGUCAAAUGGGAAUAUGCCUGUUGCGGAGAAUCCUGUUUGCUGGUUUGAAAGUGGUGAGAAGUCCUUUGUUUACAAUAGAAGGCAAGUCAUAAGUUGUUAGAAUGUUUUCUGGAUUUGCUUUCAACCAGGCAUCAGUUCCCCUGGAGCACAUCUUGAAAGGGCCAUAAAGGGGCUGUAACUUGUGAGAAUGGUAGGGUGGAAAUGAUAGAAACAUUACACCACUGUUCUUGGAUUUAUAAGGGCUUCUAUCGUGAGAUGGGAAGCAGUAAUAGGACAAGCGCUUCUUUUGUUAGUCUCGUUUGCGUAAUACAAUGGUCGAGAAAUAUUCCGAAACAUUGCUCCACCAUCCAUCCAGAACUUGUGGGCAGUACCCAUCCAGAACCUGUGGCAGCACAGAUAAAAUGACCUUCAAAAUUUUUUCUUGGGAAAAUAAUUGUGGGUGGAAUGAAUGUCCCUUGGGCACAUAUACCCAGCUGCUGCUGUUACCGAUUCUGCCCAUUCAGCAGAGCUCACAGUUCCAUCUUAUUUCACAUCUCUGAGUGCAACUAUCUCAUUUGGCUUAAGCACUGUAGUUAUGCCUGUUUCAUCCAUGUUCCAAAUUCUGGAAGGAGGAAGAGUGUGCUGAGAAUAAGCAUCUCCUAACUAUUGGAAAAACUCCCCAACAAACUCUUCCCGGACUUGUGCUUUCACAUUGUGUGAUGGAAAGAUCAUUGUCUCUGUCCAAAAAUCCUGAAAGUCAAUUGGCCCUAGGUAUUUGCUUUUGUGCCCAAGAUGAUGGUAUUUUCAAGUUAAAGUAUUUUUCAUAAAGAUACUCCAGUUUUCGUACUUCUUCCUUGGUCAGCCCGAACAUACCUUUGCUGGAUCUCACAAUAUAAUCCCUGAGUAUUUUUUCAUGAUUGUCUGAAAACACUUUCAUGUGUUUGAUAGAGUACCCACAAGUAAUGUUUCCAUCUGUUUCCUUUUUCUUUUUGAUGAAUCGAGAGAGGGUACAGUAGCAAAUAUUAAAUUCCUUUGCAGUUUUUCUUACAGAAUAAUUGCCCUUUUCUCCAUUUUCCAGAGCCAAAGUAGCGGCUCUCUGCAUCACAUGUAAAGGUGUCAAAACUUUUUCUGUUUUGCGUCCAUAACGACACAUUUUGUUUACCUGGAAGUAAAAAUUUAGACUGAGUAAAUGUAAAAUAGAAGAACAAGUAAAAGAAUAGCAUUAUGUUAUCCAAAAAAUUCAACAUAAGCAAGAACGGGGUAAGUUGCAACACAGCAUUGCAACAUGCUCUGCUUCACACUGCCAUAUAAAUCACAAAUAAACACCCUGAUAAUGACUUCAAAGUAAAAUCAGUUAUUAUGUUGUUAAACUACAAAAAGUAACUAUUUAUCACUUGUGAAAUUUAAUGUUUGUCACUGAACAUGUUAUUAUAUGUACAGCAUUUGUGAAACUAUAAACAGUUACUCACCAAUGACCGUUUCAAUCAGAGAAAGAGAACACAAAGAAAAACAUCUUCAUGCACCAACUCUGACCAUCACAGUGAGGUUACUACACAGUUGAAAGUGCUUCCUCACAAUGGCAGCACCUGAUGGGAUACUUCAAGAGACUAUGCAGAUGUUGCAAUUUACCCCUAUUGCAACAUGCCCCUCUUUCUCUUACAUGUUACCAGAGAGAGCUUUAAGAGUGUUGUGUUUUAGAAACCACAAACAUAUUGUCACCAUUCUUUUCAUUUACAGAAAUCUUUAGUAAAACAUUUGAUUGUACUAUAACACUAAAACAGUUGAUUUUACUAUAGAUAACAUGAAUUUUAAAAUAUGAUUAUUUGGAAGCAUUUUUUAUGAGGGAGUAUAUUAGAAGGAACAGACAAAUUUACAGCAGAAAGUUUCAACUUCAGCUAGGUUACUGAUCCAUUGACACAUAUCUCUACAACUGUUAGUGUUGCCCCUCUAGUAUCAGAAUCUUCAGCCCCGCAGCACUAAAUUUUGCAUUUAUUCAUGGAGUGCACAACAGGCAUUCUCUGACAUCACUGUAGGUCACCUAGAUGCAUGCCAAACUUUGAAUUAGCUUCUUCAUGUCCAGGCAAGCUUCCUUCAUUCAACAAUAUGUGUACUGGUACAAACUCAUUUCCCUGUUUUGCCGUAUGCAAACCUGUUUCUGGGCUUUGAAAUGAUGGCUGCCUCGAUUAUAUGUAUUAAGAUAUGGAAAAAAUCUCUUUCUGAGAAUAAGGCCCUUUUCUUUCUUGAAAUAAACCACAAUUUUUUAUAUGGGGGUUAUAAACUAUUCUUUGACAGUCUAUGGAACGUUCCAAAGUAAUUUUGAUAAACAUAAUUCUCACCAUAAUUCAUGUGAUUAGGUCAUGACGAGACAAGUGUUAUUACUUACUGAAACAUUCAGUAAUAAGGGAGCAAACAUUUCACAUAGAAUGCAGACUCCAAAUUCUUGUAUCUUUUACAUAAUUCAUACCUGGUACUUAAAGACAAAGAUUUGUGAAAAUGGCUUACAAAAUUGAAUCGUGUUGGUUUUGUAGAUGAUAAUGGAUGGAGCACAAUUGAAAGGUUAACAGUUUUGCCUUUCUGGUGUACAGUCAUUAUCCCCCUCCCUCCCUUGCCUCUCACUUCCACCCAAGAGCCUACCCUCACAAUGAAAAUGUUAUAAAAAAGAAAGGGGGGGGGGGGAGCACAGGAUCUGAAAAGAUUGUAGUUAUUUACCCACUCUUCAUUGUAGUAGGAAAAAUUAAUGUGUUCCCAACUUAGUAUUUAUCAGCUGCAAGAUUUUCUGGCUUGUUAGACACAGUUGGUCAGUUAUGUCUGAAAAGUACCAAACUAUGUACAGCAUGAGCAUAUUUUCUUGGCUUAUCUUUAGAUAGGCUGAGAGCAGAGGAAGCAAGUGCCAGUUUGUGGUCAGAGCAGUGGUACAAAGGGAGUAAGCUUUACCUUCCUCACGAAGUGCAGCCACAAGUCAAAUUUUGCUUUUUGUUGAGCAUUUUUUUUCCAUUCAGAUGUCAUAGGCAGUAACCAAGCAGGACUAGCAAUUAGUCUGUCAUUCGUACUUGCAUAAACAGUUUCAACACAGCACAGUGAAAUGAAACUUAGUUUUCACCAUUGGUUACAGCUGUCCUAAAAUAUUGUCUGAUUACAAAAGUUGGCAGAAUCAGAGAUAAAAUUAUACCAACCCAAAAUUUUUGAUCCCUGCCAAUUAAGAACUACAGGGAGAGCGCACAAGAAAAAUUGUGUGCAUCAUUAUGUUAGGCUGAACUGAGUGUGAUCCUGUAUUGUGCAUGUAUCAUGAUUGACUGAGAUAGAAGUCCAUAAUAAUAUGUUCCACUUGAGAAGUAGUGCAUAUAUUCAAGUUUAUUUGAAGCAUUAUAUUCUUUAAUGAUUUACAUCUUGAGCUGAUGGCUAAGAUUUCCAGGAUUGAGAGAAGCAUUAAGUAUUUCAUUUCCAUUUUGUGAUGUAUAUAGUGCAUACUUCUUUUAAAUGAUUUAUAUGUUUGACUCAGGAAUCUCAACAGUGACUCAAAUGAUAGUAUUCAUGACGUAAGUUUUUUGCUGUAACUACCCAUGUCAUGCCUUAAAAAUAGAACUAAUAAUGGCUCUAAACAUAGUAAGUUAUGAAGCAGUAAUAUGUAAAAUAGUAUAUUGCUUGUAGGACUGUACAAAAUAAUGGAAACUAUUAAAAGCUCUGAACCAAUGAGCGUGUUAAAAAAUCAUGUAUUAUGGUGUUAGUGUAAGAAUUAGUUUACUAUCUUGGCUUUGCUACUAAAGACAGGCUAAACACAUAUCUGUGGUUAAGAUGUUAGCCUUGUAUUUAGGAUGAGCAGGUCAAAUGCUAGUUUCAGAUUUAUCUUCUAGAUGGUUUCCCUCAAUUGUUUCAAGGGAAUGCUGGAUGGUUUCUCUGACAAUGUCUGUUGAUUCCCUCCCCCAUCUCUUUCCAUCAGGGCUUACACCUUGAUGUCAAGAGAAAUUUUCCAAGAUGGAUAAUUGCCAAAUAUGUGGCUGUUUUAGACACAUUAGCUUCAACAUUAUCACCAACACUUACAAAUGUCAAAAUGACAUUUAGGAUUCACCAAGUACUGGUCAUAUUUUGUAGAAAUCUUUUGCCUCGGUGCAUCACGAGAAACCAUUCAGCCAGCCAGUUACAGUUUAGUGUCGUGAGAAUUCAGAUUUUUCACAUUGCAUCAUUGUCAAACAUCAGAAAUGUUCCUAAGAGCAAGCAGGUAUAAGACCACAUGCCGUUGCAUUCCUAAUCCACUAAGCCACAGUUUUGCCAGAUAUAUUUGCAAAAUGUUCAACUAUUUGAAAGAAAUAUUUAUGUAAUGUGUUAAACUAAAUAAUUUUUAAUAUUAUUUCGUGAAGUUUUUGCUGGUAAAUAAGCCAGUUUUCAACCCUGGCCAUCAUUUUAAACUUCAUGAAUCUUUUUCAUACUGUGUUUAUGAAAUGACAUAUGAAAAACAGUUAGUGCUAAUCAUGCAUAUUAUAAUGUUUUACAAUUUGACAUGUUCAUUGAUCCAGAGUGUUUCAUAUUGCUAUGAUUACAAAAGCUUUGUAAAUAAUGUACAUACGUCUUUUUAAGCACAUGGUUUUUUGUGAUAUUGGUGCUAAAGCAUUGUUAUUUCCAUGGGCACAUUUUACAUAAAAAUGAAUUGUCAGUGCCUGUUGAAAUUUAACUUUAAAAAUUGUGGUUGCCUUUUGAAGUAUGUUGGAAUAUGUUGUCCUGGUAGAUUCUAAAUAACUGUGCUGCAUUGUAAAAUGAUAGUUGUACAGUAUUGUUGUCUCUUCAUUUGUUACUGGAGCCUAACGUGUUCUCUUUGGCACCUAUAAAUUGCACAGUAAUUUUUAUUCGAAGUGUAUAAUAAAACGAGUUUUUAUUUUUUUAA